AUGAAAACUUCUUUAUACGAUAAGUUCGUCAAGGGAGUAAAGGGACUGUGGCUCAAAUCAGAUCCAAAUCUGCCUGGAGCAAAGCAAAAAACACCAUUAAAUAUAAACAGAUUUUACUUGUUAAUUAUAAUAAUAAUAUAUACAUCCACUUCUGCAUGUAUAUAUUUUGACUGGAGUGCUAUACGAAAUUUACUAUUAAGAGCUGGCAAAUAUGAACAUUUAAAUACAGGACAAUAUAGUGAUAUAACAUUAUCUCCACAAUAUAAAAGAAUAAAUAAUUUAUAUCCAAUAACUUUAGCUAUACAUUUUACAACUUCUGUUUUUUGUGGAUUUUUAUUUGAUCAUAUUGGACCUAAAUUUACAGCAAUUUUAGGUCAACUGUUUAAUAUUAUUUGUUGGAUUCUUUUAUCAAUUGAAAGUACAACUGUAGAUACAACUUUUAUGGGAUUUGUAUUUUUAGGAUUAGGAGCAGAUACAGCUUUUAUACCCAUCCUCACUGUUUCCAAUUUAUACCCAGAUGCGUCUACUUUUAUUUUAACAGUUGUGGGAGCAGCAGCUUCAUUAAGUUUUGCCGUCCCUGCAACUUUGAAUUUAAUUUAUAAUAAUAUUCCUAAUAUUUCAUUUUCUUAUAUUUGUUAUGGUUAUAUUUUUGUUAUUCUUGUGCCAUGCUUGUUAGUUGCAAUAUUUUUAUUACCACUAAGACCUUUUAAAGGAUUAGAUUAUUAUUUAGAAAAAGAGAAUGAAAGAACAUCACAUAAUCUCAAAGACGAUAAUAUAUUAAGACAUAAUAGUAUUAAUGAAAUUGAAUUAGGAUAUAUUGAAUCACUAAAUAAGGUAAAUAAAGAAGAAAAUGAUAACCCAUCAACUUAUGACAUGGAAAAAAAUUUUGAAAAAAUGCAAAAUAAAACUAAUUAUAUGAGUAAUGGCAGCACGAUGAAUUCAUCAAAGAGUAUUAUGGAAGGUAAAGAUUUUCACAUGAAAAGUAUCAAAUUAUUUUUUAAAAUAUUAAUAAGUUAUCCUAGCAUGUGUGUUAUUUCUUAUUUUAUUUUAUUUAAUAUUUCUACUGUUUUCUAUGGAAUGGUUAAUGAAACUUAUUUUUACUAUGAUAGAUCUAUUAUAAAUAUUAUUAACAUUUUGUUACCUGCUUCUUGCAUACCUUGUAUUAUUUUUGGAAGAUUCGUAAAUAAAUAUGGAGCUGCUUUAAUUAUUUUAGUUAUGAAUGCCUUUUCGGCACUUAUGCAUAUUACUGCUUUAAUUAAACAUAAAGCUGCUGGUUUAAUUUCUGUUUUUCUCUAUAUGUGUGUAACUAGUAUGUAUACUAGCCAAAUUUAUUGUUUCAUUCAAAAUUCGUUCCCAUCUAUUGUUUUUGGAAAAUUACUUGGAUUCGCUAGCUUGUGUGGUGGUACAUUUUCUUUGAUCUGUGAACUUCUUUAUGAUUCCGUCAUAAGCACAGAAAAUACAAGCAUUGAUCCUACUAAUGUAGCUUUACUUUUAGUAAUCUGCUUCUUGAUUAUGUUUCUUCCUUUAAGUAUAUUAUAUGUUAGAAAAUAUGAAAGAUCUAUUGAAAAUACAGAAGAAAGUGAUAAAUAG